AUGAGCCUGCCUACCUCAAUCACAUGGAGAAUAUUACUACUGUGCAAUUUUGUUCACGGCAUUCUCAUCUAUAUCGCAAAUUAUGAAGGGAACAUCACAAUUCUAUCUCUCACGGAGAACUCAUUUGCUUCAACCGGGUCAUCGAAGUAUGUCGAAGAUGGUUAUUUCCCUGGAUAUGCCCCAGCGACAAGAUAUGAUCUUUCAGUGGUGGAGAAUUUCAAGACUCCCGCGUUGAACCCCCAAUGGAUGACCUUCAAUCACCACAAUAACAUUCUCUACCUUAUUGAUGGCGUGACAACUGGUAAUGGAUCAAUUAUGGCUUAUCGAACAAGCUCCAAGAAUGGCACUGGUUUGGUUGAGCUUGACAGUGUGGAGUGCCUCCUUGAUGGCUCUUUUGCGACUUUCUAUGCCAAUGGAAAAGGCCUCGCUGUCGCGCACUUCCUUAGUAGCGCUAUACAAACAUCUGAUAUUACUGCAUCGAAUGGUACCAUUAAGCCCUUACAGACCUUUACAUCCAUCAUGGCUCAUCCUGGACCCGGGGCUCGACAGAACGCACCUCACAUUCACCAGACAAUCCCCGACCCACUAGGAGGAUACUUACUAGGUAAGAGGAUCGAACCAGAUCUCAUUCAUGGGUCCAAUGAAAGUUUCGAUGAUACUAUUUUUUCCAAGAAGUUGACAACAAUUGCUGAAUAUGUACUAGGCACCGACUUUGGCGCAGAUCUUGUACGCGUGUACGCCAUCGAUGACGAAACCCUUUUACUGGACAAGCGAGAGUCUCUUAACGCUGCCAAAGGCUCUGGACCUCACCAUGCUGUAUUUUCACGCGAACCUAUUCUCUUCCCCGACGGAGUUGCAAGCUACAUUUUCUAUCUUGGUGCCGAGCUUGCGGGGACUAUAACAGCGUACUGUGUGACCUAUCUACCAGAGCGAGAACGUCUCAAGUUCAAAUUACUGAAAGUCUACUCUUCCCUUGAGCCUGGAAUCCCUUAG